AUGAAUUUUGAAAAUAAUAGCAACCACUUUGAAGAAGGGCCUACAAGCAGAGCGAAAAAACGAUUUUUUAAGGAUGCGAAUAGAAGCACUAAAAAGCGAAAACUCGAUAACAGGACGGAAUGGGUAAAAAACUUGACAUCUGAAGAAAUUGAAUUGCAAAGAAUUGAGGAAGAAAAGCGAAGAGUUAGGGAAGAUAUGGAAAGGCAUCAAAGGAUGUACAAUAAAAUUAAUGGAGGAAUGCCAAGUUUUACGCCAAGAUCUACUGGAUUUCAAACACCUAAAAAAAGACAGACCGAAGAAAAUAUUUUUAGACCGACAUUUAAAGCUAGAAAAAUCCCGAAAACAAUGAACCAGCCUCAGCUGUUUAUUAGAAGCAGUGAUCGACCUUUAACUGUGCCACGUGAUUUUAAUUUAUCGUCUCCUGUAAAUAGACACUCACUUUGUUUUAGCCCAGAUCGCUCACUUCAAGAUAUAACUCCUCAUGGCUCAGCCCAAAAAUUAAGCUUUGAAAGCCCAGGAUUCAAAGCACUGCCACUACCAGACUUUUCAUCACCAUUUACCCCUAAAAAAAUGUUUAGCCCUACAAAGCAUCAAGAAUUCAACCUUAGGACUGAAAUAAGAGGGAGUGCCAAAAAGCAAAAUUUCGAAAAACAAAUUAAUGAAAAAAAUGUUGCUGACUUCCCCCUCCAUGAGCGAAAAAAAAAACUUGUUCAUUUACGGAGGGGAGGGGGUUAAUUUUUUUAUAAAAAAAUUUUUGUUCGCUCACGGAGGUGGGUUUUUGGGCAAAAAUAGGGGUUUUUCUAGAGGUUUUAUUCGCUCACGGAGGGGGAAGUGAGCAAAAUAUGCGGCAUUUUCGAGCUAAAACCUGAUGCCAUACUACUCCAACUCCUAUAAAAUCCUCAGAUAUUCCACUUGUUUAUCCUAUGGAUAUUGAAUUGAACAGUGAUAGAAGAGCUGAACAAAGGUCUUUGUUUGAUGAAAACCUAAGGGAAAAAGAAAGGAGGCAAAAAGAAAUACAAAGGCAGCAGGAGGAAGAAAGGAGAAUCAGGGAAGAACAAGAAAUAGCAGAGCUGAGAAAAAGUAUGAGUUUUAAAGCGCAACCUAUUUCGAGAAAUGUAAUAAGACAAUGGAGAAAUGACAGUAAUGAGAAAGAGGUAGUGAAAAAUUGGAAAGAUGAAAAUGCAAAUCCUAAUAUGUCAAGUUUGUUUUGUGAUGAGAGCACAAUUAUGGAGACAGAAGAUUCAGGCAUGGUGGAUCAAGAAAUGGCAGAUGCAAUUUAA